AUGUAUAGAAGAGUGAUGAAACAGGCACAGAAAGAGCCAAAAGUUGGUACCAACUUAAGUGCUAUAUUUAGACGCCAAGCCAGCCGCAUCAAGAUGAAAAACAGACCACCCUUGAGCUUCCAGCGCAGUAAUCCCGCUAAAAGACCCCAUUCCGGCCCUCGGGAUGAGCCUAACCAGUCAUCUCAUCUCUUCACUCAGCAUGAAUUGCUUGAAAGGCUAAACGAGGAAGACGAUAACCCCAUAUCCCGUGAGUCUCGCAAGGGGUCUGAACGAGGAUAUCCCCACGGUCCCGUCCUCAUCUACGACUCUGGGUUAUACCUCUACCUUGAACCAAGCCAGGAAGAAGCAUCACGCUUCGAUGUUGUCUUCAACGUAGCCAAGGAGGUUCGCAAUCCAUUCAAGGCCGCCGCUCGAGAGAGACAGGACACCGUUAUGUCAGUCUGGAAGGCAAAUGUGGGUAGACACAACUCUGAGCCUUCUACCGCCACGUCUGAUGCGACCUUCAUGUCUGCAUUUGAAUACCCUCCUUCUGCCACCGAGAGCGAUUCUGAGUCCCCUUCCACACCGAAAGCGGAGUCCCCAUGCCGGCCAGAGUACAUACACGUUCCCUGGGACCACAACUCUGAGAUCUUAGAUGACCUCUACACACUCUGUGAGAUGAUCGAUGAGCGUCUGUCUCACGGCAAAUCGGUUCUCAUCCACUGCCAAUUGGGUGUCAGCCGCUCUGCCUCGCUCGUCAUCGCCUAUGGGCUGUAUAAAAACAGACACCUGGACUUUAACUCCGUCUACGGCAUGGUGAAGGCGCGCAGCUGCUGGGUCGGUCCAAACAUGAGUCUUAUCUACCAGUUGACGGACUUUAGAGCCAAACUGCAAGAUAAGAGUAACACCAGAAAACAGCCAGCUCCAGAAUGGCUUAACAGCCCAGCUGCCCAGGAGAAAGCACCCCAACUGCCUCUUCCACAGUCCGCUAACAAGUUUGGCACCGAUUCAUCCUCUCCAGCGUUCAAGAGACCUAUCAUGGACUCCUCGACAGCACCCCACCCUGGUUUCAGCCUCUUUUCGCAUAAUCCCUUCAGCCUUUCUCGUCUUACAGGAAACAAUAAUAACCAUGGCUCUUCCUCCAAACGCAACAACAUCUUACCACGUCCUUUGCCAUUGCGCGAAAAGUAUCAGACUUUCCACACCUAUCGUCGCUCUAUGUCUCGCCAAGAUAGCAUCUUCCAUGCGCGCUCUUUUUUCAAACCACCACAGCCGCUACAGAACGAUGUUGAUGCGCCCAUGUGUGAUCGUAAUGCUGGGCCUUCCUCCUUGCCAGACGAGUCGUCAAUCUUCUCACCAAAAGCUACCAAUCCGUUGGCCAUUGCUUCACCCUUCUCACCUGGCUUAGUUCCUAACGUUUCUGCAUCUACUGCAGGUGGCCUCGGUUUGAGUGUCGAAUCAGUCCGCAAAUCACUCGAUGCCAGCCAACCAGCGUCAACCUUGGGCCGGCCUACUGUGAUGUACGAUCCACGAUCACCACAGCAGCCAUCGGAGCCAAUGAUAAUGCGGAACAUUGAUGAGUUUCUCUAG